CCUUCCUACCACAAUUUAAUUUAUGCUUUACAGGUCAGCGGAGACUGAAAAAUGGGAGGGAGGGGAUCAAACCUCUUUAAGCUCUUCUGAUUCUCUGAAACAAAAUAACCAUCAUGCAUGACAAAUACCAACUUUUAUAUCCUUCCUUGAUCACCUUGAAUAAUCAGAUAACCCCACAAAACCUUUCUCAUGUUGCUCAUAACUCAUUAGUCCUCUCCCCCCAUCAUAAACUCUAAUCUCUACGAUGGUUCGAUGGGUUAGGAUGCUUGGUUACCUUUGGCUCUAUUUUUACUUCUUCAUCUCACACUCAAACUGAUGCCCAGCUUCCUGAAUCUCUGCUUCCUCUUCCUGCAGCCCUUUAUUUUUUUAAAAACUCUCAACCCAUUUCAGUAGCUCUCUCUCUCUCUCUCUGGUAUUCUUAUGGCUUCUCCCUUGUUCUGCUUCAGCAAUCCCAUAUGUAAGAAACCAAGUCCUUUUCAAAGCUUUGUGCCCAAAUGGGACCUCAAUAGAACCUCAAAACUUCUCAUUUCAGAAAAACCCAUCUCACCAAAACCUUCAGUUUUCCCAAGAUGCACUUCUGUUUCAAGCUUGGCUUCUACUUCAGAAGAAAAUCUAAUCCUUGAUCAGGACAUGGCGAUUUCACCUCUAAGAAAUGUUUGGAAGGAAAUCCAAGGUUGUAAUGACUGGGAAGGAUUAUUAGACCCCAUGAAUCCUCUUCUCCGGGAAGAAAUCAUUCGAUACGGCGAAUUCGCUCAAGCCUGCUACGAUUCCUUCGAUUUCGAUCCUCAUUCGAAAUAUUGUGGAACCUGCAAGUAUCAAGGAGCCCAUUUCUUCGAAAAGCUUGAUAUGGCCGAUCGAGGGUACCAAUUGAAUCGAUACCUUUAUGCAACCUCAAACAUCAAUCUCCCCAAUUUCUUUCAGAAAUCAAAAAUGAGCAGCGUUUGGAGUCCUCACGCAAAUUGGAUGGGCUAUGUUGCAGUAUCCACAGAUGAAGAAGAAAUCAAGAGAUUAGGGAGACGCGACAUCGUUAUAGCUUGGAGAGGUACAGUGACCUAUCUUGAAUGGAUUACUGAUCUCAAAGAUAUCCUUCAUCCAACAAAGUUUACAGAUGACCCAUCAAUUAAAAUCGAAUCUGGGUUCUAUGAUCUGUACACCAAGAAAGAAGAGAAAUGUAAGUAUUGUUCCUUCUCUGCUCGAGAACAAGUUUUAGCUGAAAUCAAACGUUUGAUAGAAAGAUAUAAAAGGGAUGAGUUGAGUAUUACAAUCACAGGCCAUAGCCUUGGAGCAGCAUUAGCUUUAAUUAGUGCUUAUGAUAUUGCAGAGAUGAAACUCAACAUUAGACAUGAUAGCCAAAACAAGAGUAGAAUUCCAAUCUCUGUAUUCUCCUUUGCGGGUCCUCGAGUGGGUAAUCUUAAGUUCAAGGAAAGAUGUGAUGAGCUAGGAAUAAAAGUACUAAGAGUGGUUAAUGUUCAUGAUAAGGUUCCUACAGUACCAGGGAUCAUCACAAAUGAGAAGUUUCAGUAUCAGAAAUAUAUUGAAGAGGUGAUUGAUUUCCCCUGGAGUUAUGCUCAUGUGGGGGUAGAGCUUGCAUUGGAUCAUAAAAAUUCUCCUUUUCUUAAACCCAGUGGUGAUCUUGGUUGUGCACACAAUCUGGAAGCUUAUCUACAUCUUUUGGAUGGAUACCAUGGUAAGGGAUGUCGCUUCUGCUUGGCUAGUAAAAGAGAUAUAGCACUUGUUAACAAGAGUAGUGAUUUCUUGAGGGAAGACUACAACGUGCCGCCUUAUUGGCGUCAAGAUGAGAACAAGGGGAUGGUGAGGAGCGCCGACGGUCGGUGGAUCUUGCCGGAGAGACCCAGGAUGGAAGCUCAUCCACCUGACACUGCUCACCAUCUUGAACAGGUGCUUAAGCUUGUGAAUUUACCUUUGGAGUAACUUUAAUGUGAUUAGAACAACUAAUGUAUCUUAUUAUACUGCUUUUGUUAGUAAUUUGUUUGAUACUGUCUUUAAUUUAGGCUCUCUCUCUCUCUCUCAAGCUUGUCAAUUCAGCCUUGUAAGUUUUGUGUGAUGAGAAUCAUAGCUACAAUUGUAUCAUAUAAUGCUUUUGUUUGUAUUA